AUGUCUCUCUCUCUCUAUUGUAUUCUGAUACUGCUACUUAUACCUGGAGCAGCUAACUACAUUGUAAGGAACUACCUUAGACAUGAGCCAGCUAGCCAGCAAGCCUUUUCCAACAGGACAGAAGAAGAAGUAGACAAGAAUGUAGUCCCUUAUGAAUUACCCAACUUCAUGAUGAGCCUCUACCAAAGUUUUCAUCGCUUAGAGACCAGACAAGGUACAGAGCUAGGACCUGCAUCAUUACAAAGGUCUCCAUCUAGUCCACAGGCUGAUAUUAUCAGAAGUCUGGCUGCUAAAGAAUUUGAACAAGUGGACGAAAGAUGCAUCCUUGUUUUUGACUUCUCUUCUCUCAGCCGUGAUGAACAGCUUGAGUUUGCAGAGGUGCGGCUUCAUAAAUCUGCAUUAACAAUAUUGCACAGUGAUGGGAUGCCACUCGUAGUGGAUAUUUUUCAUCAAGACUCCACGUGUCAAGCUGCUCAUAAGUUGUGCCAAAACUAUGUCUACUUGGGCUCAGCGACCUGUAAAACCGGAGCCUCAGAAAGUUGGCUAGUGGUGGAAGCUUCAGCAAUAGUUCGAAAGUGGUUUGAAAGGAAUGAUAAAGCUGAUGACAGCACACCUGUUCAUUUGAAACAUGCAGAAAAAAUGUCUGGAGUUGAAAAUGCCAAGAGGAGAUACAAGGACCAUAAAUCUGAAGAUCAUCAAGUGUUGAUGUUUGUGUAUUCCAACUUGUCCAAGAAGGAAAGGUCGUCUGUGACUGCUACCCUCCUGCUAGAUGCUGCGCAAUCUAAAUAUCUAGCAACAAGCCCACUUUUAAUUAACAAAUCUGCAUCAAGAAGACGGAGAAGAAGCCACAUGAUUAGGGAUCGUAUCAUCAGCAUAAAGCAAGCCCCACCAACAGCCAACAAAAGCAAUCUUUGCAAAAGAGUAGACUUAAUUGUGGACUUCAGAAUGAUUGGAUGGGAUGCCUGGAUCAUUCAUCCCAAAAAAUUUAACGCCUAUCGGUGUGAAGGGAGCUGUCCAAGUCCUGUGAAUGAAAGUGUCAAACCAAACAAUCACUCGUAUUUGCAGAGCUUGGUAAACUUAUACAACAGCGCAAAAGCUCCAGAGGUGUGCUGCGUUCCCAUCAGAAUGAGCUCUCUCAGCAUGGCUUACUAUGACAACAUGGAUAUUGCCUUCCAAAGCCAUGAAGCCAUGAUAGUAGAGGAGUGUGGAUGCCAGUGA